AUGCCUCAAAAGUUCAAGACACCGAAUUUCGAAAAGUACAAAGGGGAUAGCUAUCCAAAGAAACAUUUGGUGAUGUUUUGUAGAAAAAUGACUUCCUAUGCUCACAAUGAUAAGCUGAUGAUUCACUGUUUUCAGGAUAGUCUGAGUGGAGCAUCAUUGAGUUGGUACAUGCAUCUAGAAAAGUGCCACGUCCAAUCAUGGUUAGACCUGGCCAACGCUUUUUUGAAGCAAUACAAAUACAAUUUGGACAUGGCUCCCAGUUGUAUGCAGUUGCAAGGUUUAUCUCAGGAAAGCAACGAAUCCUUCAGAGGAUAUGCCCAGAGAUGGAGAGAAUUAGUUGCUCAAGUUCAGCCACCACUUCUGGAGAAAGAAUUAGUUGACUUAUUCAUGGAUACCUUGCAAGGUCUGUACUACGAAAAGAUGAUAGGCAGUACUUCACCUGAUUUUUCAUGCUUGGUGUCAGCUGGAAUACGCAUCGAGAGCAUGCUCAAAAGUGGAAAGAUCCAAGAUGUCUCGAACAUCCAUGCUAGUGAGAGUGAAUCCAUUGUCAGUUCCCAAGAGAAAGAGGAGAUGGAAAUUAAUGCAAUCUGGGAAGCUCUACAAGCUCCAUAUCAGACGGAAUUCCCUCUACAGGGUCAAUCCCCUUGUGAAAGCCGAGGAUCUCCUUGGCAUCAACGACAAGCUCCGCAUCAGCAGCGCCAACACACUCGAUAA